AGGGACCAUUCGCAUCAAGGAACGUGGCUAACACGCGCGUCUCUAAACCACCCGCCGGGCCGCCGCUUGUUUUUCCCGCCCAAUUCUCCAAAACCCUCACCUCAAAAUUCGUGUUCUAGCGUCUAUCGACGUCUUUACAAAGCCCUAAUUCGGUUCUCAUUUGUGUAACUUGUAUUAUUAUCCUUGUUUAUUCACGAAGAAUCGACCAUGGAUGGAGAUUUACAGGAAUACAACAAGCUUCCUGAGCUCAAAUUAGAUGCUAAACAAGCUCAAGGGUUUCUCACGUUCUUCAAGAAAUUACCUAAUGACACGAAGGCCGUUCGGUUUUUUGAUCGACGGGAUUAUUUCACCGCUCAUGGUGAGAAUGCUUCUUUUAUUGCAAAAACAUAUUACCACACAACAACAGCCUUAAGACAAAUCGGUAGUGGAUCUGAUGCUGUGUCUAGUGUAAGUGUAAGCAAAAAUAUGUUUGAGACAAUUGUCCGUGAUCUACUCUUAGAGAGAACUGAUCAUAGUCUUGAGCUAUAUGAGGGCAGUGGCUCAAACUGGAGAUUAAUGAAAAGGGGAACUCCUGGUAAUCUCGGCAGCUUCGAAGAUGUUCUGUUUGCGAACAAUGAUAUGCAGGACUCUCCGGUGAUUGUUGCUCUAGUUCCAAACUUCCGUGAAACUGGGUGCACUGUUGGUUUGGGUUAUGUUGAUCUCGCUAAGAGGGUGCUUGGAAUGGCUGAAUUUCUUGAUGAUAGCCACUUUACAAGCGCUGAAUCUGCUCUAGUUGCUCUCGGCUGCAAAGAAUGUCUUUUGCCUACCGAACUUACCAAAUCAAGUGAGUGUAAAGCCCUGUACGAUGCAAUUUCAAGAUGUGGUGCAAUGGUAACUGAAAGAAAGAAAGCCGAGUUCAAAGGAAGAGAUUUGGCACAGGAUCUUGGUAGGCUUGUCAAAGGUUCUAGUGAACCAGUUCGUGAUCUAGCUUCAGCAUUUGAAUUUGCACCUGGGGCUUUAGGCGUGUUACUGUCCUAUGCUGAGUUACUUGCUGAUGAAAAUAAUUAUGGGAAUUAUACUAUCAGCCAGUACAAUCUUAAUAGCUACAUGAGAUUAGACUCUGCUGCUAUAAGGGCACUGAAUGUCAUGGAGAGUAAAACGGAUGCCAACAAAAAUUUUAGCCUGUUUGGUCUCAUGAAUAGAACUUGUACUGCAGGCAUGGGCAGAAGGCUACUACACAUGUGGUUAAAGCAACCUUUGUUGGAUGUGACAGAGAUAAAUGUACGAUUAGACUUGGUGCAAACUUUUGUGGAGGAUCCUGCUUUCCGUCAGGACCUGAGGCAGCACUUGAAAAGGAUAUCUGAUAUUGAACGAUUGAUGCGCAGUAUUGAGAAGCGAAGAGCUAGUUUGUUCCACAUUGUCAAGCUUUAUCAGUCAAGCAUCAGACUUCCAUUCAUUAAAAGUGCAAUGGAACGGUACGAUGGUCAAUUUGCAUCUUUAGUUAAGGGAAGAUAUACAGAUCAUCUAAAUUAUUGGACUAAUGAUGAUCACCUGAAUAAGUUUAUUGGUCUUGUGGAAGUUGCUGUUGAUCUUGAUCAACUUGAGAAUGGAGAAUACAUGAUUUCACCUGGAUAUGACUCCCAGUUGUCAACCCUGAAAAAUGAGCAAGAGUCAGUAGAACAACAAAUACACGAUUUGCAUGAACAAACUGCUAAAGAUCUUGAUCUGCCUCUUGACAAGGGUUUAAAGCUAGAUAAGGGUACGCAAUUUGGACAUGUUUUUAGAAUCACAAAGAAGGAAGAACCAAAAGUAAGGCAGAAGCUCAAUACCCUUUUUAUUGUUCUUGAAACUCGGAAGGAUGGUGUAAAAUUUACAAAUACUAAGCUGAAGAAAUUAGGAGACCAAUACCAGAAGAUACUGGAGGAAUAUAAGAACUGUCAGAAGGAGCUGGUAGCCCGAGUUGUUGAAACCGCAGCUACCUUCUCUGAGGUGUUCGAGGGCUUGGCUAUGUUGCUCUCAGAGCUCGAUGUCUUGCUUAGUUUUGCUGAUCUGGCUGCUAGCAGCCCUACCCCUUAUGCAAGACCAGAAAUCACAAAAUCGGAUACAGGAGAUAUUAUAUUAGAAGGCAGUAGACACCCUUGUGUGGAAGCUCAAGACUGGGUGAAUUUUAUACCAAAUGACUGCAAACUUGUUAGGGGAAAGAGCUGGUUUCAAAUUAUCACAGGGCCUAACAUGGGUGGAAAAUCCACAUUUAUACGUCAGGUUGGUGUGAACAUUCUUAUGGCUCAAGUGGGUUCCUUUGUUCCUUGCGAUAAAGCUAGCAUUUCUAUCCGUGACUGUAUUUUUGCUCGUGUCGGUGCUGGUGACUGUCAGUUACGUGGAAUAUCUACCUUUAUGCAAGAAAUGCUGGAGACAGCAUCAAUUUUGAAAGGUGCUACUGAUAAGUCGCUGAUCAUUAUUGAUGAGUUGGGCCGUGGAACAUCGACUUAUGAUGGAUUUGGUUUAGCUUGGGCCAUUUGUGAGCACUUGGUUGAAGUGAUUAAAGCACCUACUUUGUUUGCUACUCACUUUCAUGAGUUGACUGCAUUAGCUCAUGAAAAUGCUGGUAAGCCUUCCGGUGUAGCUAAUUAUCACGUCAGCGCACACAUCGACUCAUCAAGCCAGAAGCUAACAAUGCUUUACAAGGUUGAACCUGGGGCUUGUGAUCAAAGUUUUGGCAUCCAUGUAGCAGAGUUUGCUAACUUUCCCGAAAGUGUCGUCUCUCUUGCUAGAGAAAAAGCUGCUGAGUUGGAGGAUUUCUCGCCUCUUUCAAUUGUAUCAAAUGAGCCUGAGGAAGAGGUGGGUUGUAAGCGAAAGAAACCAUCCGAACCAGAUGAUAUGGCGUUAGGUGCUCCUCGGGCUCGCCAGUUUUUAAAAGACUUCUCUGAGUUGCCACUUGACAAAAUGGACUUAAAGCAGGCUUUGCAAGAAGUGAAAAGGUUAAAGAAUGAGUUGCAGGAUGAUGCCAGCAACUGUAAAUGGCUCCAGCAGUUUCUUUAGGUGCCAUAUAAACUGGAGGUAUGGUUUUCCUCCACAUUUUUGUAAUUACCACUUUUGCCCCCGAUCUCCCAUGGACCCAUAGUGUCGUUCUACAUGGGGACCUUAUGUUUAUUUGGGCGUUUUUGGUCAAAUGGGUUUUGUUUGGAAUAGUUUUGAUAGGGAGAUGGGGUGUUUGGUAAUUAGUAGUUUUGGAAGGACCACUUAUGUGGAU